AUGGCAUUCCUCUUCUUCCUCGCCGUCUUUACUCUCCUGGGGUGGCUCGCUUGCGAGUAUGAUGACUUCUGGGCUUCUCCCCCAUCCUCUUCUUCUUCUUCGGUCCCUGCGGCUGGUCCGCAUACCGCCCCAUCUUCGCCUUCCUCUUCGCUGCCGCGCCGAGAGCGUCGAGCUCUUGCGCGUGCUCGGUCCCGGUCUCCUCCUCCGGUCCCUGAGUGGGCUCGCCCUGGCUCCCUCCUGUCGCCGCCCCGACAGCAGCAGCAACAGCAACAGCAACAGCAACAACAGCAGCAAUACUUGCCAGCUGAGGGCAAGUACGACACAUUCCUGGACGUGAGGUCCACCGAGGCCUCUGGCCAGAUAGAAAGAGUUUGGGAUCCGGUGUGUGGGUGGCGCUGGCGUGCGGUUCGUGGUGAGAGAUUGGCUGCGAGUUUGGUUCCCCUUCCGAAUUCGCCUCCCCCCUCGCCUUUCGUCGCUCCGGUUCCUCCUCCGGUCGUGGUUCUUGCUGCUCCUGUUCCCGCUCCGGCUCCUGUGGUUGUUUCGGCACCACCCGCCCCCAUUGUCGCACCGCCGCCGCCUCAGCGCACAGUCGCUGAAAUCCUGGCCGGCAUCCCGUCGAAGCCCGAAGGGCUCGUACACAUCUUUCCGCUCCCGGCUCCAGCACCAGGACCACAGCUACAGCCUCUGUUUGGUGGGUUGUCGCUGGCGACACCUGCUAAUCAUGCUUCGGGCUCCCUGGGACUGGUGCUGCCCGGCUUCACAUCCUCGGUUUCGGCUCCUCUCCCUCCUCCUCGACACCCCUCUCCCCCAGCGGAGGCUGACCAUAAGCCUCCGGCUGACGACAAUUCCGGAUUUGUCGCGCCGCCACCUUCCCUCUCUCUUCCAGCUGGGGCUGACCAUAAGCCCCAGGCUGAUGACAUUCCUGGACCUGUCGCGCCCGCUCCUCUCCCCUCCUCUUCUUUCGCCUUCGGGCCUGGAUCUGGUGCUGCUGCUCCGUCCUUCGGUGCUGGUUUCGGUGCUGGUUUUGCCGCGCCUGCUCCCGCUCCUUCCUUCGGUGGCGCCUUUGGUGCCGGUUUGGCCUUCGCGCCAACCUCGUCUUUCUCCUCUGGUCCCGCCUCCCGCCCCUCCUCGCGCCGUCGCGGUGCUGGCCGUGGCGGUAACGUCAUCUACCAACUCCGCGAGGUCGCUGCCCCGGGCAUCAAGGACGACGCCGACGACAAGACCUCCCGCCGGGAGACCCCUCUCGACGCUGAGCUCUUCAGCAUCCUGCAGGUCAUGGCAGCCGACCUCGGGCAUGUGAGCUCGGUCGGUCUGGACAAGAUCGCCGACUACAUCUCCGGUUCUUCCCUCGCCUCUUUCGAGACGAAUCUUCGUCGCAAAGAGAACGGACUUCGCUCGUUUGCUAACCUCCUGCGUUGGCAAUGCAAAUCUGGUCAGUCGCUGCCCCCUGGUGGGACAGUGGCUCUUCGUCAAACCAUCUCCGUGCUGGCACGUGUUGAUGGGUUGGUGACUGGGUUUGUCGCUGACAAUGGGGGUCAGCAGCAGCUGUUCGAAGGGGGCGACUUCUUCUUGUGGGCGCGGGCGUGGCGCUACCUGGAGACGGUCGGCUGGCAGGAGAACAAGGUUCAACUGCAGCGAGAACUGGACGCGGCGCUGUUUGGGCAGUUGGAGGAGUUGGUGAGGAAGCACCAAACCCAUUGGGUGAGGUUUCUGAAGCCGGCUCGCGCUCAGAAAUGA